AUGUUAAAGAUUUUAGAUGCGGAUAAAGUUUUAUUAAAGACGGUGUCUCGGAAUUUUGGACCUGAACCAUUUAGGUUUUAUAAUUCUUGGAUAGGUCGUCAGGAGUUCGGGGAGUUGGUUAGAAAGGUUAAAGGAAAAGAGGAAAAGCGUUUGUUGGAACAUGAGUUUUCUCAUUUGGAAGAGGUUUUAGAAGGGAGGGAUUUUACUGAAGAGGAGGGUUGGACGUUUGAGGAGUUAAAAAGGCGGUUACGGAAGUUGGAUAUGUUUAAUCAACGUUACUUGCAACAAAAGUCACGUAGUAACUGGGCAGCGUUCGGUGAUGAUAACUCUAAGUUUUUCCAUGGGUUUAUUAAUAAAAGAAAGGCAGCUAAUUAUUUUCCGGGAUUGAUGGUAAAUGGUGUUUGGGAAUCUAAGCCUGAGAUUGUUAAACGUGAGGUGCUUCGAUUUUUUAGAGAUAAGUUCAAAGAAAGUAUGAAGAGUCGACCGAAGUUAGUGUGCUAUGGGUUGAAGAAGGUUUCGCAGAAUGAUGCCGAUAGUAUGUUGUUGGAAUUCUCGGUUCAAGAAGUUAAAGAGGCGGUGUUUGAUUGUGGUGCAGAUAAAGCUCUUAGCCUAGACGGUUUUAAUUACCGUUUCAUUAAGACGUUUUGGGAUCUUUUCGAGCAUGAUUUUGUGGAUAUUUUGCAUCAGUUCCAUCGUACGGGUAGGUUUAGUAGGGGGUUGGGUCUUCUUUUAUCACUUUGGUUCUGA